AUGGAGCGCCCGAGUGCGCUGCUGCCCCACGUGGACGAACUCGUGAUGGAGUAUCUGCUGUUUCGGGGCUUUACAAAGAGCUUCCAAGUGUUUAGUGCCGAGCGCAAGCGCGACCGCUCGCAGGGCUUUGAUGCCGAGCAGAUCAUUUCUCAGCUGCUCGUGGCUGUGCAAAAUUUCCAGCUCGAGACGGUUCUCGAGACGUGGCAGUUUUUUCAUGCACGUUUUUUUCAUCACUUGGAUGCAUCGUACGCCUCGAUAUUGCAACAACUAGAGACGUCACUGCUGCGACUUUACGUGAUCAAUGCGGUCAAGUCGGGACACCGAGAGAAAGCCAUGGAGUUUUUUGAGAUGCAAGCCGAAAAGCUGAACGCGUGUGCUGCUGCUGCUGUUGAUGGAGAGUCAGGAAUGGAUACAUGGAGUCGCUGGUUCAUCUUGCCGUAUAUUGAGCACCCUGAGAGCGACUCCUAUUUCCAGAAGUUCUUUAGCCAGUCGUGGCUUGAAGCAUAUGUGACGUCUUUGCGCAACUUUCUAUCGCUGGUUUUCCGCAGCUUGCCAUUGCCAAAGUUGCUAGCUUUUCAGCUCGAAACGCUAGAAGAGCCGGCGAUGAAAUUGCGGCUGAAAGUGAGCCAGUCAGAAGCGACGCGGCUGCGAAUGUAUAAUAGCGAAGCGACGACCAAGAUCAAGAAAUUAGAGGAAGCAGGUCGACAGUUGCACUCGAUUCUCCGCACAAUGGUACAGCAUAGUUUGACCGAGCAUUUGAUCUCGUCGAGUUAUGUGGACACGCCGAUUGAUUGGAACAAAAACAGAAGUCGAAGUCGCAGUCACGGCGCAGCUACAGCGAGUGUUGGGCUAUCCCAGAAGCAAAUGAAAGACAUUGGGGAACUUUUUGGUAUCGGUGACGACGACAGUGCACACGUUGAAGCCGCUUGUGUUGACCCACGCGAUAUUCCGCGGAUAGCGGAGGUGUAUCUACCAGCCGAUGAGCUGAUUGACGACGGGCCUUACGACAAAAAUAAUGACGAGGAAGAAGCGGGAGACAGUGUAGUGCCGGAAGGCGAAACUAGCUGUUACUCAACGACACCGAUCUUUUCACCAAUCGCUUCAUCAUUGAGUGCUGUCGACGAAGACCCCAGCAGGCUGCCACUGUGGACUACUGGCGGGGUAUCAUUGAUCCGUGAAUUUAACAUGCUUAACGACUGGAAACCAACACAGUCAGUGAUGACUGUGAGGAGUCGCUUUUCGUCAAACGGCCAGUAUCUUGCGAUUGCAAAGCUGGGGAACACUCACAUUGACAUUUGGUCUGCAGAUCCAGUAUCUCCUUCUACAUUGUCGACGAUCACGCUACCGGCAAGACUGACUGGUCUUGGCUGGCUCAGCCCAACACCGCAUCGGCAGCUGUUGGCAUGCACGCUGAUCGAGGGUGACAUGAUGUUAUGGGAUGCUGACGGACUGGAGGUGACGAUGUGUCCGCCAAACGAAGAUCGUUGGCAAGCGCAACAGCUCAUGUGUGCAUCUGAAGCACCGGUUGCCGCUUGUCUGCUUAGCAGUCGGGAUGAAGAGGACAACACGAUCCAGCAAGUUGUCGUUUUGCAUGGAGGUGUAGACCAACCAACGCAAGAUUAUUUGCCAAUGGAAGGAAAGCAACUCACGUGCAUAGCGUGGAGUAACGUGGGAGACAUUUUGAUAACCGGGAACGAGACGGGGAGCGUCGAGUUUAUAAAUGUAUCCUGUCCAGGGCGGAUACACCGGUGCGAUCUCGCUGCCUGCUGCGGUCCGGUACUCGAUGGAUGUGGUAGCCUGUCAGCAAUCGCUUUAUCUCCUGAUGGAACGGUCCUAUUGAGUGCUCACGAAAAUGCUGUCGUCGUGAUGCAAUGGUUCGUUGCACCAAUUGUGGCUGCUGUUUCCUCUCAAACUUGUGGUUCUCGCGAAGUUGAAGAUAGCGUGAUAGAUGUGAAGCCAAAAUUGACAGGCAUGUACGAGAUGGACAAGCCGUUGGCAUUACGCAAUAUCGAAGUCGAUACUACAAUACGCUUUCUGGGAACGGGUGGCUAUUUCGUGGUGGCCGAUUCUUCUGCUUUGUACAUAUUUAAGCGCGGCGAGAAACAUGCGUUGUCGACUUUCUUGCCAAAUCAAGCUUCUAUCGCUGAUUUCGAUUUUCAUCCACAUCUACCUGUCAGCUGCUCAGCUAAUCAGGAAGGCGCCGUCUCGCUAUGGAGCAUGAAGGAGGAUUAA